AAGAGAAACCCCACGAGCCCCCCUCCACCUCCACGCCGCAGCCAACCCAAAGCGCCAUGGCGGACGACCACGCCGCCGCCGCCGACCUCGUCGACGGCGGACGCCCCGAGGGCGAUACGCAUUCACGUGAAGACGGAUUAUCAAAACCAAGAGAUAAAGAUAGAGAAAGAGAAAAAGACAAGGACAGGGAACGCCACAGGGACCGUGACAGAGAUCGAGGAAGAGACCGAGAUCGGGACAAGGACAAGGAAAAAGACAGAGACAAAGAAAGGGACAGGGAUAGGGACAGGGACAAGGAUCGGGAUCGCCACCAUAGGCAUCACCGUGAAAGAAGAGAACACAGAGAUCGCUCUGAUGAUCAUGAUCGCCACAGAAGCCGUGAUUCUGAAAGGAGAAGAGACCAUGAACGGGAUGGGCGUCGCAGGCAUCGGUCUCGCUCACGCUCUCGUUCUAGGGGCAGGGAUCGCAGAUCUAGGUCUCGCUCUCGUUCAAAAAGCAAGCGAGUUAGUGGAUUUGAUAUGGCGCCUCCAGCUCAAGCUGUGGUUCCACAAUUUCCUGCUAUUCCAACCCCAAGCAAUCUUGGGUUACUUGCCCCCACUGCUGCCAAUGGAAUGAGCUGCCUACUGUAGCUUUAAUGUACAAGGAGGAAUCAGUGCUCUGGUUUGAUACCAUCUUAUUCGUCUUCAACUAGCAAGUAUUACUGGUUGCUAGCAUUAUGUCUAUUAUAUUUGUCCUUGCACAUAUUUUGUUCAUUCUUAGGCUUGGAUACUGAACAGCUAGAUCUAUUUUAGACCCAGACUGAUGGUGAGAACUAGUCAGUUCUAAUGGUGGAAUUUUUUUCCUUGCUAAUUGUUUAUGCUCUGUACUAGAAAUUUAUUGAUAAAUUGCAGGUCAGUUUCCGGGCACUGCUAUUCCUGGAAUGUUUCCAAACAUGCUCCCGAUGGGUGUUGGACAGUUCAAUCCCCUUGUUAUCCAGCCGCAAGCAAUGACGCAACAGGCUACUCGACACGCGAGACGUGUUUAUGUUGGUGGACUUCCUCCAACUGCUAAUGAACAGUCAGUUGCAAUAUACUUUAAUCAAGUCAUGGCUGCUAUUGGAGGAAAUACUGCUGGUCCAGGUGACGCUGUUCUUAAUGUCUACAUAAACCAUGACAAGAAAUUUGCUUUUGUGGAAAUGAGGUCUGUGGAGGAAGCAAGCAAUGCAAUGGCACUGGAUGGCAUUUUGUUUGAAGGGGCUCCAGUGAAGGUUAGGAGACCAACAGACUAUAACCCUUCUCUGGCAGCUGCCUUGGGCCCCAGCCAGCCAAGCCCCAAUCUGAAUCUUGCUGCAGUUGGCUUAACACCUGGUUCAGCUGGAGGGCUAGAAGGCCCAGAUCGUAUUUUCGUGGGUGGCCUUCCAUAUUACUUCACUGAGGCUCAAGUCCGGGAGUUGCUUGAAUCCUUUGGGCCUCUUCGAGGAUUUGACCUUGUGAAGGAUAGGGAAACUGGUAACUCAAAGGGCUAUGCAUUCUGUGUCUACCAAGAUCUCAAUGUCACUGACAUAGCCUGUGCUGCUCUGAAUGGCAUCAAGAUGGGAGACAAAACCCUAACUGUUAGAAGGGCAAACCAGGGAGCGGCUCAGCCUAGACCAGAACAGGAAAGUAUCCUGUUGCAGGCACAGCAACAAGUGCAAUUACAGAAACUUGUAUAUCAAGUUGGAGCACUCCCUACAAAGGUUGUGUGCCUGACCCAGGUGGUUUCGGCUGAUGAAUUAAAAGAUGACGAGGAGUAUGAAGACAUUAUGGAGGACAUGAGAUUGGAAGCAGGCAAAUAUGGUAAUCUGAUUAAGGUUGUCAUCCCUCGCCCUGAUCCUAGUGGAUUACCAGUUGCUGGAGUUGGAAAGGUUUUCUUGGAGUAUGCAGAUGUGGACGGCGCCACCAAAGCAAAGACGGCAAUGCAUGGAAGGAAGUUCGGUGGAAAUCCAGUUGUUGCAGUGUUCUACCCUGAGAACAAGUUUUCUAGUGCGGAAUAUGACGCGUAGAUUAUCCCGCUAUGUAAAACACUAGUCUUUUGUUUUUCUUUUGCGCCAGUUUGCUAAAUUGUAACAACAAUUUCUCUUUAAGUUGAACCUUCCAAUAGCUUGGAUUUAUGCAGAGCGACCGAUUAAUUAAUAUUAAAAGAUGUGAUGGAUUUCCUAAAGUUAA